GAACGUUUGACCCGCCUGGUGGCGUACGAAUGGAGUCUUCGUCCUAAAGUCGUGUCGUACGCUCGACGAGAGAACGCUCGGGCGGAAUAAGUGUCUCUCGUCGAAUCCGUCGGUUCGAGGGAAAAAAAGAAAGAGAACGACUCGUCGUCCAUCGCGUUUCUCAUUAAGCGACUCGUCGUCUCGCGAUUCGGUCUGCUGCAUCCUUGACGGUUGAAUGCUCCGAGCGUUUUCCAGCGAAUCCAUAUGCGAUCGUGACAUCGUACGAACGAACCAACGAACGCGAACGAUACCUCCUCUUUUAUUACUUUACUUCUUUCGUAAAUAAGUGAACAAAGUGUUUGCUAUUGCGAUUCGUGGGAGCUUGGAAACGAUCGUGAGUCGGCUCAAACGAGAGAGCGCUCGACGUUCUUUAGAAAGUCUUUCUAAAGAUAGUAGGUACCAGUCACGGAUAUCAAGUUUCCAUUAACUGCGAUGAAUCGAACCGACAUCGUAAGUAGACGUCUUGGCGAGUAGACGGAAGCUGCUUAGCUCCAUACUACGUACUCUCGUCCAGCGAAUGUACCUUCGUAGAAUGUCAAAGGAAUGAUUUGUCGGCUUGAUAAUCUAUCAUGGCUAAGGCUCUUACGAUGGACCAUCUUGGUACCACUCGUCAUAUAUGUCUCCCUUUUAAUCGUCUGGUACAAGAAAAACUUACCUCUAAGGAGCCGGGUCUCCAUCCCUAGUAACGACGACAAGGACAAGGAAGAUUCCGCGAUCGAGAGCCUAUUUUUCGAACUGGAGGUCGCGACGAUCGGAAAGAAGGAACGAGAACGUUACGAGAACAUUGGCCUCAACUGGGUGGAGGAAGAGAGUAUAAGGGAGCUCGGGGAUCCGGAGAAUCGCAUGGAUCCGAAAAAUUUGUUGGAGGAUAUCUUUCAAAGGGCUGACAUCGACGAGAAUCAAUUGUUGGACAUCCAAGAGCUCGCUAAAUGGAUUCACGUUAAGAUCACGGCACACGUUCAUCGCGCUAUGAGAGAUAACGUCGGUCUCUUCACUGCCGUCGACAAUAAUCCAAGAAAUGGCGAAAUUUCCUGGGAGGAAUACCACGCGUACUUUUUACGAUUGCACGGUUUCCCGGAGAGUUACGUUCGCUCGCACGAUAAGAGGCACAGGGAGAUGCCGAGAACGUUGAAGGAGAGCAUCAUGAGGGACAGAGCGAGAUGGACCGAUGCGGCGAGAAACGAUCCGGAGAAGUUGACGUUGGACGAGUUUUUGGCCUUUACUCAUCCGGAAAGUAGUCACAGGGCGCUUUUGCAAAUGGUGGAGGAUCUCUUUGAGAAAUUUGAUCGCGACGGCGACGAGCAACUGACGGAGGACGAAUUUUCGGAUUUGCCGUCCGAAAGUGUCGGUUUGGAAUUCAACGAAGAUCGGCAUCAAACCGUCGGAGGUAGCGUCGACAGGCGAAAGGAGUUUCGUCAGCUCAUCGACAAAAAUAAAAAUGGGAAGGCAGAUCGUACCGAACUCUUGACGUAUAUCGAUCCACGGAAUCCAAGGCACGCUAUUCAAGAGGCCCAACAUCUGAUCACUCUCUCGGAUAUAAAUCACGACGGGAAAUUAAAUCUCCCGGAAGUUUUGAGCAAGAUGGAUCUCUUCUUAUGCAGUAAAAUGGUCGACACCGAGAAAAGCUUCCACGACGAAUUCUGAUCGAUCGGGAAAUGCGUAAUAUAAGCGAUAUAUUAUUAUAUAUUCAAAAAGACAAUACUCUUUUCUAGUCUUUACGCCGGAUUACCGAUUAGAUUUCUGACAACGUGUCUGUGAUAGUCCUUUCAACAUAGAAUAUCAUUUCGAUCAACGUAGCUACGUUAUUAAGAUUCACUAUAUUCUAUAAAUACGAUAUCGCGUCGGUAACAGAAGGAUACUCACCGUGUUGGAUCGAUUCCAUACGAUUGCUCGUUUCGACGAAUAUAUCAACCAGUCGAAUAGUUUUGGCAUUAACAUUCAACGGUAAGAAAUCGAUAAGUCCGUCCUCGUAUAACUUUCUAUGUACAAUUUUGUGUUCCUUCGAGCUUGCGAUUGCGAAUUUUUUGGUUUGUUAGAAAAUAACGAAGAACAUCUACCUUUCUAAAAAGGUACACAUAUCGUAGAGGUGUGUGUGUGUAUGUACACACAGAUAUAGAACGGUUCCUAUGUCUUAUUCACUUUUGUGUCUUUCGGUCGCAAUAAAAUCAUUUUUUGAAAUAUAUGGAGGUACGUGCAUUUUCAAACGAAUAUCAUUUCUCACCUUUCGUCAUAUUUUGGAUUUGGAGACAAAAAUGAAUCAAGCUUUUUAUGUUUCCACGGCUUUUUCAUAUUUUUAUUAACAAUCGACAAGUAUCUAUUUUACAUAGACUCGAGAAACGAAUAAUAUCUAUCAUUUCUUAAUGGCUUGAACGCGCGAACACAAACUAUUUCGAUAAAAAUUUCUAAUAGCAUGCGUGAUCUCUAAUUUGCCUAAUGUAUAACUAGGUACGCACCAGUAGCGAGAGAGAAGACGAAGAGGACGAGUAUAUUGUGUCGUAUCGCGUAUGGACGCAGGAUUUCUUUACCGAAUAUAUAAAUUCCCAUGUACUAUGCAAAGCAAUAAAUUUCUUAUUUCUCAUGUA